CGUCAGGUCUUCCAGGUGCUGGAGGAGCAGCCGCCCGGUACCUGGGUGGGCACCAUCGCCACCCGCCCCGGCUUCACCUACCGGCUGAGCGAGCACCACGCCCUCUUCUCCAUCAACGCCACCUCGGGCGCCCUGCACACCCGUGCCACCAUCGACCGCGAGAGCCUGGCCAGCGAUGUGGUGGACCUGGUGGUGCUCUCCAGCCAGCCCACCUACCCCAGCGAGGUGAGGGUCCUGGUGCUCGACCUCAACGACAACGCGCCCGUCUUCCCCGACCCCUCCGUUGUGGUGACUUUUAAGGAGGAUACGGGCAGCGGGCGCCAGCUUAUCUUGGACACGGGACGUUUCCGGCUCAACAUCACCCUCAACCCCAGCGGUGAAGGAGCUUUUUUGCAUCUGGUUUCCCGGGGUGGGUUGGACCGAGAGGCCACCCCCACCUACCAGCUGUUGGUGCAAGUGGAGGACAAGGGUGAGCCCCGUCGGCGCGGAUACCUUCAGGUCAACGUCACCGUCCAGGACAUCAAUGACAACCCACCCAUCUUCAGCCAGACUCUUUACCAGGCACGAGUGCCUGAGGAUGCGCCUGUUGGGGCCAGUGUUCUCCAGGUUGCUGCAGCUGAUGCUGAUGAAGGCACCAAUGCUGACAUCCGCUACCGCCUGGAAGGAGGUGAUGGCGGCGGUGGUGGUGGGGAGGGGGCUGGCGGCCUCCCAUUUGAGGUGGACCCUGAGAGUGGAGUGAUUCGCAUCCGGGAGCGCUUGGACUACGAGAUGAGACAGCAGUACUCGCUGACGGUGCAGGCCAUGGACCGAGGGGUGCCAGCGCUGAGUGGCCGGGCUGAGGCCCUCAUCCGCCUGCUCGACGUCAAUGACAAUGAGCCCCGGGUGAAGUUUCGCUAUUUCCCAGCCACCUCCCGCUUUGCCUCUGUGGACGAGAACGCAGCCCCUGGCACGGUGGUGGCCCUGCUGACGGUGAGUGAUGCCGACUCCCCCGCGGCCAACGGGAAUAUCUCCGUGUCGAUCCUGGCGGGAAACGAGCAGCGGCACUUUGAGGUGCACAGCAGUAAGGUACCCAACCUCAGCCUUAUAAAGGUAGCAGCUGCGUUGGACCGGGAGCGCAUCCCGGCCUAUAACCUUACGGUGGCAGUGGCGGAUAACUACGGGGCCCCACCACCACCCUCGGGCUCCCCCACUUCUGCCCUUUCCCCCGACGGGACAGUGGCAGCUCCUGUGAGCCGUUCGUCAGUAGCUAGCCUGGUGAUCUUUGUGAAUGACAUUAACGACCACCCCCCCGUCUUCGGGCAGUCGGUCUACAGGGUGAACAUCAGUGAGGAGGUGCCCCUGGGCAGCUAUGUGCGGGGCCUGAGUGCCACGGACCGUGACUCGGGCCUCAACGCCAACCUCAAAUACAGCAUCGUCUCGGGCAACGAGCUUGGCUGGUUUCGCAUCAGCGAGCACAGCGGGCUAGUCACCACGGCCAGCCCGGAGGGCGACACGGCUGGGCAUGCUGUGGGCACGUCCAUCUCCAGCGGGCUGGACCGGGAGACUGCUUCUCAAGUGGUGCUCAACAUCAGUGCUCGUGACCAAGGGGUGCAGCCCAAGUUUUCCUAUGCACAGCUGGUGGUGACCAUUCUGGAUGUCAAUGACAACAAACCUCGCUUCAGUCAACCGGAGGGCUACCAGGUGUCCCUGGCUGAGAACUCUCCAUCAGGAACUGAGCUGCUGGUCCUGAGUGCCACAGAUGGGGACCUGGGGGACAAUGGGACUGUCCGCUUCUCCCUGCAGGAAGCUGAGCCGUCACCAGCAGCGGUUGGCCCCUCCUCAGUGACGCCUCGCCGGAUCUUUCGCUUGGAUCCGGUGUCAGGCAAGCUUAGCACCAUCUCGCAGCUGGACCGGGAGGAGCAGGCUUACUUCUCCCUGCAGGUCCUGGCCGCUGAUUUAGGCUCUCCUCCCCUUUCUUCAAUAGCCCGAGUUAACGUGAGUCUCCUGGAUGUGAAUGACAAUAGCCCUGUGUUCUACCCCGUUCAGUAUUUUGCCCAUAUCCAAGAGAAUGAGCCAGCCGGAACCUAUGUGACCACAGUGUCUGCCACGGACCCUGAUCUGGGACCCAAUGGGACGGUCAAGUACAGCAUCUCAGCUGGAGACACUUCCAGGUUUCAGGUCCAUGGCCAAACAGGGGUCAUCACAACGAAAAUAGCCCUUGACAGGGAGGAGAAAACUGCUUACCAGUUGCAGAUUGUGGCCACUGAUGGUGGCCAUCUUCAGUCGCAGAACCAAGCCAUUGUCACCAUCACUGUCUUGGACACCCAGGACAAUCCACCGGUUUUCAGCCAGGGCACGUACAGUUUUGUUGUCUUUGAAAAUGUUGCCCUAGGUUACCACGUAGGUACUGUUUUUGCUUCCACCAUGGACCUCAAUACCAACAUCAGUUACCUUAUUACGACAGGUGACCAACGGGGCAUGUUUGCCAUCAACAGAGUGACGGGGCAGAUCACCACAGCCAGUAUUAUUGACAGGGAGGAGCAAGCAUUUUACCAGCUGAAGGUGGUUGCUAGUGGUGGGGCGAUAACUGGAGAUGCUAUCGUCAAUAUAACUGUCAAAGAUUUAAAUGACAAUUCCCCACACUUUAUUCACGCGGUGGAAAGUGUAAAUGUGGUUGAAAACUGGAAAGCUGGGCAUACCAUAUUCCAGGCCAAAGCUCUUGAUCCUGAUGAAGGUGUUAAUGGCGUGGUCCUUUACAGCCUUAAGCAAAACCCAAAGGGCUUGUUUUCGAUCAAUGAACAAACAGGUGCCAUAAGCUUAAUAGGGCCACUGGACAUAAACGCUGGCUCUUACCAGGUUGAAAUCCUGGCCUCGGAUAUGGGGGUGCCGCAGCUGUCCUCUAACUUUAUCCUGACCGUCUCUGUCCAUGAUGUAAAUGAUAACCCGCCUGUGUUUGACCAGCUUUCCUAUGAAAUUACUAUUUUGGAGUCAGAGCCUGUGAAUUCCAGGUUCUUUAAGGUGCAGGCUUCUGACAAGGACUCAGGAGUGAAUGGUGAAAUAGCUUAUAGUAUAAUUGAAGGAAAUACUGGGGACGCCUUUGGCAUAUUCCCAGAUGGUCAGCUGUAUAUAAAAAGUGAACUGGACCGUGAACUUCAGGAAAGAUAUAUUUUACUGGUUGUUGCCUCUGAUAGAGCAGUAGAACCGCUCAAUGCUACUGUGAAUGUUACCGUAAUUCUGGAGGAUGUAAAUGAUAACAGGCCCCUGUUCAACAGUACCAACUAUGUAUUUUAUUUCGAAGAGGAGCAGAGAGGUGGAUCGUAUGUAGGUAAAAUAAAUGCUGUAGAUAAAGACUUUGGGCCAAAUGGUGAAGUCAGGUAUUCAUUUGAGCAUAUGCAGCCAGAUUUUGAGCUGAACACGGUAACUGGGGAAAUAAGAAGCACUCAUCAGUUUGACAGAGAAGCUCUUAUGAGGCAAAGGGGAGCUGCGGUAUUUAGUCUCACGGUAAUAGCAACAGAUCAGGGGUUGCCAAAGCCUCUAAAGGAUCAGGCAACUGUACAAAUCUACAUGAAAGACAUCAAUGAUAAUGCUCCCAAAUUUUUGAAAGAUCUCUACCAAGCUACUAUAUCAGAACUGGCAGCAAAUCUGACACAGGUUCUGAGAGUCUCUGCCUCAGAUGUUGAUGAAGGGGUUAAUGGAUUGAUUCACUACUCUGUAAUCAAGGGGAAUGAAGAAAACCAGUUUGCAAUAGAUAGUAGCACAGGCCAAGUGACCUUAGUAGGCAAACUAGAUCAUGAAGCUAGUGCGUCAUAUUCGCUUGUCAUCCAAGCGGUAGACUCUGGAGCGGUUUCCCUAAGUUCAACUUGCAUGUUGAGUAUUGAUGUAUUGGAUGAAAAUGACAACAGUCCUUCCUUCCCUAAAUCAACCUUGUUAGUGGAUGUCUUGGAAAAUAUGAGAGUUGGUGAACUUGUGUCGUCUGUCACUGCCACUGAUUCUGAUUCAGGUGACAAUGCUGACCUCCACUAUAGCAUUACGGGGACAAACAAUCACGGGACCUUUAGCAUCAGUCCCAACACCGGUAGUAUUUUUCUGGCAAAGAAGCUGGACUUUGAGACGCAAUCUCUGUAUAAGCUAAAUAUAACAGCAAAAGACCAAGGAAGGCCUCCACGGUCAUCUACAAUGUCAGUGGUAAUACACGUUAGGGAUUUCAAUGACAACCCUCCUAAUUUUCCUCCGGGGGACAUCUUUAAAUCUAUUGUUGAGAACGUUCCUGUUGGUAGCUCUGUCAUUUCUGUGACUGCUCAUGAUCCAGAUGCAGAUAUUAAUGGGCAGCUAACAUAUGCAAUCAUUCAACAGAUGCCAAGAGGUAAUCAUUUCCGUAUAGAUGAAGUGAGAGGAACAAUAUUUACCAAUGCUGAAAUAGAUCGUGAGUUUGCUAAUCUCUUUGAGUUAACAGUGAAAGCCACCGAUCAGGCUGUUCCUGUGGAGUCCAGACGAUUUGCUUUGAAGAAUGUGACCAUUUUGGUGACGGAUCAAAAUGACAAUGUUCCUGUGUUCAUAUCGCAAAAUGCUCUUGCUGCUGACCCCUCGGUUGUGAUCGGUUCGAUCCUAACGACAAUUAUUGCUGCAGAUCCUGACGAGGGUGCAAACGGAGAAGUGGAAUAUGAAAUAGUCAAUGGAGAUACCGAAACCUUCAUUGUGGAUCGCUAUAGCGGAGAUUUAAGAGUAGCGUCAGCUUUGGUGCCUUCUCAGCUCAUAUACAAUCUCAUAGUUUCUGCCACGGAUCUUGGCCCUGAAAGGAGAAAAUCCACCACCGAGAUGACUAUAAUUCUGCAAGGGGUUGAUGGGCCCGUUUUCACUCAGCCGAAAUACAUAACCAUCUUAAAAGAAGGUGAACCUAUCGGGACAAACGUGAUAUCUAUCGAAGCAGCGAGUCCGCGGGGCUCCGAAGCUCAGGUGGAAUAUUACAUCGUGUCUGUCCGAUGCGAAGAUAAGAGUCUUGGGCGCCUCUUCACCAUCGGGCGCCAUACUGGUGUCAUCCAGACCGCUGCCAUUUUGGACAGGGAGCAAGGAGCACGUCUCUACUUGGUGGAUGUUUAUGCCAUUGAGAAGUCGUCUGUUUUGCCCCGCACACAACGAGCAGAGGUGGAAAUAACACUUCAGGAUAUCAAUGACAACCCACCGGUAUUCCCCACAGAUAUGCUUGAUCUGACUGUAGAAGAGAAUAUAGGAGAUGGAUCUAAAAUAUUGCAGCUGACAGCCAUGGAUGCUGAUGAGGGAGCCAAUGCCCUCGUCACAUACACUAUUAUCAGCGGUGCGGAUGAUAGCUUCCACAUUGACCCCGAGUCAGGAGACCUGAUAGCCACCAAGCGCCUGGACCGGGAGCGACGCUCCAAGUACUCCUUACUGGUUCGUGCCGAUGACGGCCUGCAGUCCUCAGACAUGAGAAUAAACAUCACUGUUAGCGAUGUUAAUGACCAUAUCCCCAAGUUCUCCAAGCCGGUGUAUUCCUUUGACAUCCCAGAAGAUGCCACUCCAGGUAAAUCAGAAGUGGCUCUAAAAUUAACNGACGAUGACUCUGGUAUCAAUGGGGAAAUCACGUACACCGUAAGUGAAGAUGAUGAAGAGGGUAUCUUCUUCCUGAACCCUGUUACCGGAGUCUUCAACCUGACUCGUGCGCUGGACUAUGAAGCACAGCAGUAUUACAUUCUUACCGUUCGCGCAGAAGAUGGGGGAGGCCAAUUUACUACCAUCAGAGUGUACUUCAAUAUAUUGGACAUCAACGAUAACCCACCAGUGUUCAGCAUGACUUCAUACAGCACGUCUUUGAUGGAGAACCUGUCUCCAGGAUCCUCUAUUCUCAACUUUAGCGUCACUGAUGCGGAUGAUGGCUCCAACUCACAGCUCUCCUUCAGCAUCGCGUCUGGGGACAGCGCGGGGCAGUUCAGCAUCGACAACAGCGGGGUGCUGAGCAUCAGGCAACCUUUGGACCGGGAAAGCCAGUCUUUCUACAGCCUCGUCGUGCAAGUCCAUGACAUGGCCCGUCUCCCGGCCUCCAGGUACACAAGCACAGCCCAAGUUUCAAUUAUUCUGCUAGAUGUGAACGACAGCCCUCCAAGUUUUAUCUCCCCGAAGCUGACCUACGUCCCGGAAAACACACCGAUAGAAACGAUUGUGUUCAAAGCGCAGGCAACCGAUCCCGACAGCGGUCCGAACAGCUACAUCGAAUACAGUCUGCUCCGACCUCUGGGAAACAAAUUCAGCAUCGGCACUAUCGACGGUGAAGUGAGGCUUACCGGGGAGCUCGACAGAGAAGCCGUGUCCAACUAUACCUUAACUGUGGUAGCCACAGACAAGGGCCAACCAUCCCUUUCUUCAUCUACUGAUGUGGUGGUUAUAGUCCUGGACAUUAAUGACAAUAACCCACUUUUUGCCCAGAAACUUUAUAAAGUAGAGGUGGGGGAAAAUACUUUGACAGGGACGGAUUUAAUCCAGGUGUUUGCUGCGGAUGGAGAUGAAGGUACAAAUGGGCAGGUCCGCUAUGCCAUCGUGAGCGGAGAUGCCAAUAACGAGUUUCGGAUCGAUUCUGUGACGGGGGUAAUAACAGUUGCCAAGCCUUUGGACAGAGAGAAAAAGCCCUCCUAUACCCUGACUGUUCAGUCGGCUGACCGUGGGAGCAGCCCGAGGACUGAUACCACGACAGUCAGUAUUAUUCUGAAGGAUGUCAAUGAUUAUAUCCCCACAUUUGAACUUUCUCCCUACUCUGUGAACGUCCCUGAAAAUUUAGAGACACUCCCAAAAGUUAUUCUUCAGGUUGUAGCAAGGGAUGAUGAUCAAGGCCUAAACAGCAAGCUUACGUAUGUGCUGGUGGCUGGAAAUGAAGAAGGAGCCUUUACUCUCUCGGCCAGCGGAGAGCUGCGCUUGGUGCAGAGCCUGGACCGGGAGGCAAAGGAGCAGUACGUACUGCUGAUCACAGCUGCUGAUGCAGGAUCUCCUGCCCUCACUGGCACUGGAACCAUUACUGUCACAGUGGAUGAUGUCAAUGACAACGUCCCCACAUUUGCCUUUAAUGUGUAUUCUGCCACUGUUCCGGAGGAUGCUCCUACAGGGACAGAUAUUUUGCUUGUAAACUCCUCCGAUGCUGAUGCUUCUACAAAUGCAGUUAUUAGCUAUAGGCUUACUGGUGGCAAUUCGCAAUUCACAAUCAACCCAUCAACAGGACAAAUCAUCACCAGUGCUCUCCUCGAUCGAGAGGCAAGGGAGAACUACACUUUGGUGGUGGUGGCGAGCGACGGGGGCUUCCCCAGGGCUCUCUCCAGUUCCACCAGCGUACUCGUCUCCGUCGGCGAUGUGAACGACAACCCGCCCAAAUUUCAACACCAUCCUUACGUCACCCAUGUCCCGUCGCCUGCCACUUCAGGCUCGUUCGUGUUUGCUGUGACCGUCACCGAUGCAGAUGCCGGCUCCAACGCCGAGCUCCAUUAUUCCCUUGAGGGGAGAAAUUCCGAGAAAUUCCACAUCGACCCAGCAAGGGGGGCGAUCCUGGCUGCAAACCCGUUGGUGGGAGAGUCUGAAGUCACCAUUUCUGUUCAUGUGAGGGAUGGCGGCCGGUACCCAAAGACAGACUCUACAACCGUCACUGUGAGGUUUGUGAACAGAGCAGAAUUUCCUCGCGUUCAGGCAGAUCAGGAGACCUUCACGUUUCCUGAAAACCAAGCGGUCGGUACGCUUGUCACCACCGUCUCCGGAUCUUCAGCCAGAGGAGGCUCCUUGUCUUACUACAUCGCCAGUGGUAACCUGGGCAGCACCUUCCUGGUCGACCAGGUGACAGGACAGCUUUCUGUUGGGCAGGCUUUAGAUUUUGAAGCCAUACAGAAAUACGUGGUUUGGAUCGAGGCCAGAGAUACAGGCUUUCCUCCCUUUUCCUCAUAUAAGAAACUGGAAGUAACGGUGAUAGACGUCAAUGAUAACGCACCAGAGUUUGAGCAAGAUCCCUUCAUUGCAGAAAUAGUGGAGAACCUGUCCCCACGGAAAAUACUGACGGUGGCUGCUGUCGACAGGGACAGUGGCCUAAACGGACAGCUAAAUUAUGAAAUAAUUGAGGGCAAUAUGGAAAAUAGUUUCAGUAUCAAUCGAGCCACUGGUGAGAUCAGAAGUGUCAGGCCCUUAGACAGGGAGAAACUGUCUCGAUACACACUAACCGUAAAAGCUUCAGAUAAAGGUACCCCGCUCCAGAGCACCACCGUCAAAGUUGUCAUUAAUAUUUUAGAUGAAAAUGACAAUGCUCCGAGGUUUUCCCAGAUAUUCAGUGCUUCCGUGCCCGAGAAUGCACCUCUGGGUUUUACGGUAACACGAGUCACGACGUCAGAUGAAGACAUUGGGGUGAACGCGGUCAGCAGGUACUCCAUAAGGGAUACAAGUCUCCCAUUUACCAUAAAUCCCAGCACUGGGGACAUCACCAUCAACAGACCACUAAACAGGGAGGACACAGACCGCUACAGAAUCAGGGUCUCUGCACAUGACUCUGGGUGGACAGUGAGCACAGAUGUCACCAUAUUUGUCACUGAUGUCAACGACAAUGCCCCACGAUUUAUAAAGCCAUCCUAUUACCUGGAGUGUCCUGAGCUUCAUGGGAUUGGGUUGAAGGUCACCCAGGUUUCAGCCGCUGAUCCUGAUGAAGGGUCGAAUGGCCAAGUCUUCUACUUCAUAAAAUCCCAGUCCGAGUUCUUCGGAAUUAAUGCAACCACGGGGGAAAUUUUCAACAAGCAGUAUUUAAGGUACCAAAACUCCAGCGGUUCAAGCAAUGUCAACAUUAAUAGGCACAGCUUCAUUGUUACUUCUUCAGACCGAGGCAGUCCUCCGUUAAUGAGCGAGACAACCGUCACCAUUAACAUAGUAGACAGCAACGACAACGCACCACUGUUCCUUGCUCGUAAAUAUUUUACUCCUGUUACUAAGAAUGUGAGGGUUGGCACAAACUUAAUUAAAGUUACUGCAGUGGAUGACAAAGACUUUGGCUUGAAUUCUGAAGUGGAGUAUUUUAUUUCUGAUGAAAGCAAAACUAAUAAAUUCAGACUGGACAGGAGUACAGGCUGGAUUUCUGUGUCAUCCUCACUAAUGGCUGAUUUGAACAAAAACUUCCUGUUUAAAGUGAAAGCAAAGGAUAAAGGUAAUCCUCCACUCUCAUCCGAGGUAGCGGUUGAAAUAGUAGUAACAGAGGAAAAUUACCAUACACCUGAGUUUUCUCAAAGCCGUAUGAGCAUUACUAUCCCAGAGAGUCACUCUGUUGGAGCAGUGGUCAGGACAGUUUCAGCCCGAGACAGAGAUGCUGCUAUGAACGGAUUAAUCAGGUAUAAUAUUUCCUCUGGAAAUGAGGCUGGCAUCUUUGCUAUUAAUACAACUACUGGUACACUGACACUAGCAAAACCACUUGAUUUUGAGUUACGCCACAAGCAUGAGCUAGUUGUUACUGCCACAGAUGGAGGAUGGGUGUCCAGAACAGGCUACUGCAGUGUCACUGUUAAUGUCAUUGAUGUGAAUGAUAAUUCUCCAACAUUCAGCCCUGAGGACUACUUUCCCAAAGUGUUAGAAAAUGCCCCCAGUGGGACAACUGUUAUUCGUUUAAAUGCCACUGAUGCUGACUCUGGACCUAACGCUGUGAUUGCAUAUGCUAUUCAGUCUUCAGAUAGUGACCUCUUUGUCAUUGACCCCAAUACAGGAACGAUCACCACCCAGGGAUUUUUAGAUUAUGAAACAAAGCAAAGUUACCAUUUAACAGUAAAGGCUUUUAAUGUUCCAGAUGAAGAGAGGUGCAGCUUUGCUAGCGUCAACAUCCAGUUAGAAGGGACAAAUGAAUAUGUGCCCCGUUUUGUGUCCAAGCUUUAUUAUUUUGAGGUUUCUGAGGCAGCUGCCAAAGGCACUGUUGUAGGUGAAGUUUUUGCAAGUGAUCGUGAUAUGGGAACUGACGGAGAAGUGCACUACCUUAUCUUUGGCAACAGCAGAAAGAAAGGCUUCCAAAUAGAUGAGAAAAGUGGCCAGAUCUAUGUUUCAGGACCUCUGGACAGAGAAAAAGAAGAACGAAUCUCUUUGAAAGUCCUCGCAAAAAAUUUUGGGAGCAUUCGUGGUGCAGAUAUAGAUGAAGUAACUGUUAAUAUCACUAUACUGGAUGCCAACGAUCCUCCCGUUUUUACCUUAGGAACCUACAAUAUACAAAUCAGUGAGGGUGUUCCUCCAGGCACCCAUGUCACGUUCGUGAGUGCCUUUGAUUCAGAUUCUGUCCCUAGCUGGAGCCGGUUUUCCUAUUUCAUUGGGUCUGGCAACAACAACAGCGCCUUUUCCAUCAACCCACAGACAGGACAGGUGACGGUCACUGCAGAGCUGGAUCGAGAAACGUUGCCUGUGUACAACCUGUCUGUGCUGGCCAUCGAUUCGGGAACGCCGUCUGCUACAGGAAGUGCUUCUUUAUUGGUAACUUUGGAAGAUAUCAAUGACAACGGCCCUACCUUGUCCACCAGCCAAGGAGAAGUCAUGGAGAAUAACCGUGCAGGAACUCUUGUCAUGACCCUUCAAUCGUCAGAUCCUGAUCUCCCUCCGAACCAAGGUCCCUUUACAUAUUACUUGCUCAGCACUGGCCCCGCAACCAGCUACUUCAGCCUGAGCACCGCUGGCGUACUAACAACGACAAGAGAGAUCGACAGGGAGCAAAUCAGCGAUUUCUACCUGUCGGUGAUUACGAGAGACUCUGGCGUUCCUCAGAUGUCUUCCACAGGAACUGUGCAGAUCAAGGUAAUAGACCAAAAUGACAACCCGUCUCAGCCCAGAACGGUAGAAAUCUUUGUUCACUAUUAUGGCAACCUCUUCCCAGGUGGAAUUUUGGGCAACGUAAAGCCGCAGGAUCCAGAUGUUCUAGACAGCUUCCAGUGCUCCCUCACCUCAGGAGUCACCAGCCUCUUCAGCAUUCCUGGGGGCACCUGCGAGCUGCACUCACAGGCAAGGUCCACGGAUGGCACAUUUGACCUGGCCAUCCUCAGCAACGACGGGUUGCAUGGUGCCGUCACCAGUAGCGUCCGGAUUUUCUUCGCGGGCUUCAGCAACGCCACCAUUGACAACAGCAUCCUUCUCCGCCUGAGUGCGCACAGUGUACGGGAUUUCCUGACGAAUCACUAUCUCCAUUUCUUACGCAUCGCCAGCUCCCAGCUAACGGGGCUGGGCACCGCUGUCCAGCUCUACGGGCUGUACGAGGAGAGCAACCACACCUUCCUGAUGGCAGCCGUCAAACGCAGCAACAACCAGUACGUGAAUCCCAGUGGCGUGGCGACCUUCUUUGAGAGCAUCAAAGAUGUCCUCUUCCGCCAGAGCGGCGUGAGGAUCGAGGCUGUGGACCACGACUGGUGCCUGCAGAGCCCCUGCCAGAAUGGAGGGAGCUGCCUGAGGAGGUUGGCAGUGAGCCCGACACUGAAGAGCCACGAGAGCAUCCCUGUCAUCAUCGUGGCCAACGAGCCCCUGCGGCCCUUCGUGUGCAGGUGCAUGCCAGGGUACGAUGGCAGUCUGUGCGAGACGGACAUUGACGAAUGCUUCCCUUCCCCCUGCCACAACGACGGGACUUGCCACAAUUUAGUGGGGGGCUUCUCGUGCAGUUGCCCGGAGGGCUUCACUGGCAUGGCCUGCGAGAGGGACGUCAACGAGUGCCUUUCCAACCCGUGCAAAAAUGGUGCUGCCUGCCAGAACUUUCCGGGAAGCUUCAACUGCGUUUGUAAAACUGGGUAUACAG